UCUGAGAAGGACUUGGGAGUUCGGCCUCUUCCCUCAGUGGGCUGGGAUUGGUGGUGGAGGGGUUUGUGGGCAGGAGCACCUCCCACAGUGCUGCCACCCCCUUGAGCCAGCGGGAGGUGGGGUGAAGUUGAGCCUGGAUUAGCCGGGGAGGGGCGAGGGGGGGGGGGCACUGGGAGGCUCCUAGAGCUGCACGGUGGCCAGAGAAGGGGGUGUGGAUAGGCGAAUGCACCAUGCCGCUGCAGGACGACACCCUCCGAGAGGUGUGGGCCUCGGACAGCGGACAUGAGGAGGAAGGCUCGGAUAUCCAGCAGCGCCCCAAGCAGCGACCCGCCAAGGGGCAGAAGUUGAGGAAGAAAAGGACGGAAGCCCCCGAGUCCCCCUGCCCCGAGGGAUCCAAGCCCCGGAGGAAACCUGGAGCCGGGCGGAGGGGGAAGCCGCGGGAGGAGCCCGCCCCGCAGCCGCCCGAGGCCCGGACGCCGCAGACGGUCUACACCAAGUUCCUCAGAGACCCCGAGGCCAAACGCGACCCGCGGGAAACCUUCCUGGUAGCGCGAGCCCGGGACGCAGUAGACGAGGAUGAGGAGGAAGAAGAGGAAGACCAUGAAGAGGAAGAGGAAGAGGAGGAGGAGGAAAAGAAAGAGAAAACCCCUCUGCCUCCCAAGAAGCCUCCUAAAGAGAAGACUUCCACAGGCAUCAAGGAGAGGAGGGCCAAGGCCCAGGGUCAGAAGGGGGACCUGGGAAGCCCUGUCCCCCCAUCCAAACCUCUUCGAAUGAAGAAGAAGGAGGUACCAGCGGGGGAGGGGACCAAGAUGAGAAAGACAAAGAAGAAAGGGUCUGGGGAGGCUGACAAGGACACCUCAAUGAGCCCGACUAGAGUGACAAAGAAGAGCCCAGCAGCCAUGUUUCUGGUGGGGGAAGAUGGCCCCGCUGAGAAAGCUCGGAAGAAGAAAGGCACUCCCAAAGGCUCAGAAGAGGAGAGGAAGGAGGAAGAGGAAGAGGAGGAAGAAGUGACAAAGAACAGCAAUCAGAAGGGCAAAGCGAAAGGAAAAGGCAAAAAGAAAGCGAAGGAGGAGAGAGCCCCAUCUCCACCCGUGGAAGUGGAUGAACCCCGGGAGUUUGUGCUUCGGCCUGCCCCUCAGGGCCGGACAGUUCGCUGCAAGCUGACCCGGGACAAGAAGGGCAUGGAUCGGGGCCUGUAUCCCUCCUACUUCCUGCACCUGGACACAGAGAAGAAGGUGUUCCUCUUGGCUGGCAGGAAGCGGAAACGUAGCAAGACGGCCAAUUACCUCAUCUCCAGCGACCCUACCAAUCUGUCUCGAGGAGGGGAGAAUUUCAUUGGGAAGCUGAGGUCCAAUCUCCUGGGCAACCGCUUCACCGUCUUUGACAACGGGCAGAACCCGCACCGCGGAGGAGGCAGCACUGAUGUGGGGCGCCUUCGGCAGGAGCUGGCAGCUGUGAUCUAUGAAACCAACGUGUUGGGCUUCCGAGGUCCCCGGCGCAUGACGGUCAUCAUCCCAGGCAUGAAUACGGAGAACGAGAGGGUCCCCAUCCGGCCGCGAAAUACCAGCGAUGGGUUGCUGGUGCGCUGGCAAAACAAGACACUGGAGAGCCUCAUCGAGCUGCACAACAAGCCCCCCGUCUGGAAUGAAGACAGCGGCUCCUACACCCUCAACUUCCAAGGCCGAGUCACACAAGCCUCCGUCAAGAACUUCCAGAUUGUUCACGCCGAUGACCCCGACUACAUUGUACUGCAGUUCGGCCGCGUGGCCGAGGACGCCUUCACCCUAGACUACCGGUACCCGCUGUGCGCCCUGCAGGCCUUCGCCAUCGCCCUCUCCAGUUUCGAUGGGAAGCUGGCCUGCGAAUGA